GUAACAGGCUGUGGCAGACUGACUGGCUUUGCAAGCAAAACAAUACAUCUGUUAGCUUCUUUUAAUAGGUUUUGCAGUUGAAAGGGAUGUUUUGUAGAAAGCUUACAGCUUUAGAAUAUCACAACCCAACUGGAUUUGACUGUAAAGAUGAAACUGAAUUCAAAAAUUUCAUAGUUUGGCUUGAAGAUCAAAAAAUCAGAAACUACAAAAUUGAAGACCGUGGAAAUCUCAGGAAUAUUACCAGCUCAGACUGGCCUAAACAUUUUGAAAAGUACCUUCAAGAUGUGAACUGUCCAGUCAGCGCUCAGGAGAGACAGGAGACUGUUGACUGGCUGCUGGGUCUUGCUGUUCGCUUUGAGUAUGGAGACAAUGUGGAGAAAUAUCGAAACUGUAAACCUGUAACAGAGGCCAGUGAUGUUCAAAAGUCUGCAGACCCGUUAAUUAAUCUGGACAGUAACAAUCCUGAUUUUAAAGCUGGUGUCUUGGGACCUAAUCUACUCAAAAUCCAGCGUCAUGACGACUAUUUGUUAAUGCUUAAAGCCAUUAGAAUCCUGAUACAGGAACGCCUGACCCCUGAUGCCAUUGCAAAGGCCUGUCAAGCAAAAGAGGGUUUACCAGUCGCUCUUGACAAGCAUAUUUUAGGAUUUGAUACCGGAGACGCAUCUCUGAACGAAGCAGCCAGGGUUCUUCGCUUGCUUCACAUCGAGGAGCUCAGAGAGUUACAAACCAAGAUCAACGAGGCCAUCGUAGCAGUUCAGGCCAUCAUCGCUGACCCCAAGACAGAUCACCGCCUCGGAAAGGUGGGCAGAUAAAAACAUCUGCCUGGACCGUGCUGCAGAGACCACAAGACAUGCUCUGUGAAGUAUGCUUGUUUCAUUAGCCACACCACAGUUAUUUUGUUUAAAUUUCAGACAUUUUUGUGGGAAUGCAAAAACUGGACUGGGUUUUUUUUUAUCAUUCAAAAAAAAAAGUGAAGAUUUAUUAUAAAAUGUAAUUUCAUUGUCGCCUUAUGUGGAAGCACUUAUGAAAAGUUGCAUGGGUUACCAUAAAAAGUUGGACUAUAUGUUUUUGUCGGUUUAUAAACCUUAAUGCAAUGCAGAAAAGUUUUAUGACUGGGUUUGUUUUACCCUGGAGCAAGAAAUUCAACCUGUUCUUCUUUAUACCUCCAACUGUGCAUACUGUAAAUUUAAGAAAAUCAUCACUGCAGAACCCAUAAUAUUUAAAAAUCUGAAACAUAACGCGAGCAGGCAUACUGAAGUUGUAAAUCACAUUU